CACAGCUUCAUCAGAGACAAACUCAACACAUGGAAACAGAAGCUGAUGGAGAGGACUGUGGAGGACCAGAACCAGCCAGGAACUCACAUCCACAUCCACUUCUACAACAAGUGACUGGAGAAAAGACUGGAGACUCUUCUGAACCUGAGACUGGUGACAGUGACUGGAAGGAAAGCAGUGGACGUUUGUCUCUGAAAAAUUAUAAAGUCUCUGUCAGUGAUUCGAGAUGCAGUGCUGGUGGGAAAUUAAUUAGCUGCUGUGAGUGUCGGAAAAGAUUUGGCACCAAGACAAUUCUGAAGAUACACAUGAGAACUCAUACAGGAGAGAAACCCUUCAGCUGUUUAAUCUGUAAGAAAUCUUUUGCGUCAAGUGGAAAUUUAAGGAUACACAUGAGAAUGCAUACAGGAGAGAAACCGUACAGUUGCUCAGUUUGUGAGAAAAGAUUUGGAACCAAUCAACGUCUAAAGAACCACACGAUAACUCAUACUGGAGAGAAAUCCUUUAGCUGCUCGGAGUGUCCGAAAAGAUUUGGAACUGAGACGCAUCUCAAGAGACACAUGAUAACUCACACAGGAGAAAAGCCUUUCAGCUGCUCAGUCUGUAAGCAAUCGUUUGCAUUGAGUGGAAAUUUACAGAAACACAUGAGAAUCCACACGGGAGAGAAGCCUUUCAGCUGCAGUGUUUGUGACAAAAGAUUUGCCUGGCAUCUACAGAUCAAAAAACAUAAAUGUGUUGGUCGUCAGUCAUCACAGCUUCAUCAGAGUCAAACGGAGGAGAACAGAGAGGCAGAGCCUCCAGCCAGCAGAGAAACUCAACACAUGGAAACAGAAGCUGAUGGAGAGGACUGUGGAGGACCAGAACCAGCCAGGAACUCACAUCCACUUUCACAACCAGAGACUGAAGACCAGACUGGAGACUCUUCUGUAGCUGAGAUUGAAGUUAGUUAUGAUGAUUGGGAGGAGACCAGAGAACCUCAGUCAGGUUUAAUGUCUCGGAAAAAUGAGGAAGUUCCUGCCAGUGAUUCGAGAUGUAGUGCUGAUGAAAAACCUUUUAGCUGCUCUGAGUGUGGAAAAAGAUUUGGGGCCAAAACAACUCUGAAGAGACACAUAAGAACUCACACAGGAGAAAAACCUUUCAGCUGCUCCGAGUGUAAUAAAUCUUUUGCAGAUAGUGGAAACCUACGCUUACACAUGAAAAUCCACACAGGCGAGAAACCUUUCAGUUGCACGGUUUGUGUUAAAAGAUUUUUGCACAAGUCACAACUACAGAUACACACGAUAACUCAUACUGGAGAGAAACCCUUCAGCUGCUCAGUGUGCAGUAAAAGCUUUACACAGAAGAUACACCUGACACAACACAUGGCACUUCACACAGGAGAGAAACAGUUCAGCUGCAGUGUAUGUGGUAAACAUUUUAUACGAAAGGGGAAUCUGAUGCACCACAUGAGAAUACACACAGGAGAGAAACCUUUCAGCUGCAGUGUUUGUCAAAAAAGGUUUGCCUGGCAUUCACUUGUCAAAACACAUAAAUGUCGUCCUUCCUCACAGCUGCAGCAAACUCAAACAAAACCGAUAAAAACAGAAGCUGAAGACCAGACUGGAGACUCUUCUUAACCUGAGACUGAUGACAGUGCUGAUUGGAAGGAGACCAGAGAACCUCAGUCAGCUUUAAACUCUGAUGAUCAAUGAAGAAGUCUCUAAAAGUGGUACGGCAUGUAAUACUGGAGAGAAAACAUUCAGUUGCUCAAAAAUGGCCCAAUAUUAUUAUUAAAGUGUUUUAUUAGGUUUCCAAGCCCGGGAAGACCGGGGCCACGUUGAUGCAAAGCAAUGCGGCUCCCAGUACCAGCGAUGCUGGGAACCCUAUAGUGAGGCGAAGUCCCUCCCCCUUCCGGUUGACCUCAAGGCCUUAAUUAGGGAAAACAUUUUUAUGCAUGGUAGUAAACGGGGAACUACAUAUGUUGUCUCGCGCAAUUUAUGUCACCUGGCUUGAUGCUCGGCUUGCUCGUUAGCUAGCUAGCUUAGCGCUGUUCAACAACACGUCACGUUAUCUUACCUGAUGUGUUUUAUCCAAUGAGGUGUGAUCAGCAGAUAAGCAGUGGAACAAGCGAAAUCCUCUGCUCGUGUGAGUAACUUUACAUCACGGUACGAUACGCACAGACAUCGUAGCUUCAGCGAGACGUCAUCCAUGUGAGUUUGAAGUGUGACGGUCUUUCUAAAUAAAUCUUUUCACAAUCUUAUACUUCAACAGUUUAACUAUAAACUGAUACUUUCUUAAAUAAAUAAGAUAAAUUAUCUUUUAAAUUGAUGAGCAUCAUAUCUGUAAUUCAUGGCUCAAUUCAAACGGGAUCUAAAAAUAAUUUGUCUUUCUCCCCAUUCACUACCGUUUUUUUUCCGAAUUAAGGUCCCAUGAUGGUCUACCGGAAGGGGAGGGACUUGGCCUCUCUAUUAUUAUCGCUACGAUUAUAAUUAUAAACCGUGCAUGGGGCAGUGCAUUUUUAUGAAUGGUCCAGUCUCCUGAAGGGACCUCAGGCACAAAAAUUGACAAAUGUCUGCCAGCAGGGGGCACUAUUAUAAUAAUAAUAAUGCAUAUUGGCCUAUAUCUCUCAUACCGUACACCGCAUCUUCAAAAACCUUAUAUCUGCACCUUCCCUGAAUGGAGCUGAGUCACCUCACAUAGGCCACACACAUUUCCGCCUAAAAAAACAACCUUGUUUUCGCUUUAACAUUUCUAUAAAGCAUCUUCAGAUGGCCCUGACAAAAGAAAUGAUCAAAAGAAUUUUGCUCAGUUCACUGGUUUGGGCAAAAAUGAAAAACACCAAUAUUUCAAGUUAGCUUGUGGUGGCUUUUGGCUCGGAGGUAGUGUGGUUGCCCCUCAACCACAAAAUUGGUGGUUCGAUUCCCAGGCUUUUCUGGCCACAUGUCAAAGUGUUGCUGAACAAGACACUAAACCCCAAGUUGCUCCCCGGAUGCUGUGUGUAUAGCUAUCCACUGCUUCUAAUGCUUAGGAUGGGUUAAAAGCAGUAAUUAAAUGUCACUACAUUGUACUGUAUGUAUGGGACGAUUUAAGAAUAAAGUUUCAUUUUUUGAAUUUAAAAAAUAUGAACCUUUGCUUACCUCGGCCAAAGUAAAUGCUAUCAACUGGAAACUUAAGAUUCUUGUUUGCCGUGCCACUCUGAUAACCUGACUCCGCCAGAUGGAUCGCUUCACAUUUGCUCGGCAUAUCCAUCUGGGAACUUUCCGUUGGAGAACUUUUGGGAAGGGGCGAAAAUACUG